AUGCGAGCUUUGAACAUGCAGCUUGUGGGACAAAAUUGGGAGGAAAUGGCGACGUACCGUGGCAGUAAGAUGUCGGCAGCAGACCUCAGAAUGUUCAGAGAAGGCGAGGUGUACAGGCUCCCAACGUAUGUGGCGACGUCAAAGGAGAAAAGGACAGCCCUGGCAUUUGCAAAGCACUACCUACACGAGUUUCGCAUCCCGAAGGGGUGCAUGAAUGUAGGCUACCUUGAGCCCAAGACUCAGAUCAAAGGCGAGGAGGAAGUCCUUCUGCCACCUUACACCGCUGUGAGGAUCCUUCACAUUGCAGAGGAUCAGGCCCCGGAUCAGGGUGUGGCCAUGGUAUUCGAGGUAGUUUUGGACAAGCAGACAGUCGAGGAGUCUGUGGGCGCAAUGGUUGCAGACAUGGGCACCAUGCCCUGUGCCGGGGUGGCUGGUUCUGGUUUGGCGGCGGCUGCUGGCGGGAAGGGAUAUCAUGGGGUCUUCGGCAUGCCCGGUGGCGCCAUGGGCCUGAUGGGCAUCCAUGCAGUCCAUGCUGUCAAACACUUCUCGGCCUGUGGUGGAUUGGUUGGAAUCACCAAAGGGAGCCAGGCACUAGUCGAAUCCCACACAACUAAGUGUAGCGACUAG